CAAAAACUACAAAUAAAUACCAUCCCCGCCCACUCAACAGAAUCGGUUGAGCCCAUGGCCUCGAAAACGUUCAACUCCUCCCUAUCCCGGCCUACAACGACCUUCUUAUUCCCUCUCAAUCAGAAAGCACUGAGACCUAUAUCACUCCCUCUCCUCCGAUCCUUCCACUGUAGAUCAAAACGGACCAUUUUGUCUCGAAGAUUGGUGCUGAAAGCUUGCGUCAAUGUGGAAGAGAAAGGUGCGGUAGAAAAUUCUGCAAGUGAAUGGGGAAAGGUUUCUGCUGUGUUGUUUGACAUGGAUGGUGUACUCUGCAACAGUGAAAUCAUUUCCGGAAGAGCGGCCGUUGAUGUAUUUGCAGAGCUGGGCGUCCAAGUCACUGGGGAGGAUUUUAUCCCAUUCAGGGGAACCGGCGAAGCAAACUUUUUGGGAGCUGUUGCCUCUCUCAAGGGAGUUAAAGGAUUUGACACAGAAGCUGCAAAAAAGAGAUUCUAUGAAAUCUAUUUAGAUAAAUAUGCAAAACCAGAGUCUGCAAUUGGAUUCCCAGGUGCCCUUGAACUAAUUUCUCAGUGCAAAGAAAAAGGCCUUAAAGUUGCUGUUGCAUCAAGCGCUGACCGUGUAAAGGUUAAUGCAAAUCUAGCUGCUGCUGCCUUACCACCGUCAUUGUUUGAUGCCAUUUUGUCUGCAGACGCUUUUGAGAAAUUGAAACCUGCUCCUGAUAUGUUUUUGGCUGCAUCAAGAAUGUUGAAUGUGCCCCCGAGUGAGUGUAUUGUUAUAGAAGAUGCAUUGGCCGGAGUGCAGGCUGCUAAAGCUGCACAGAUGAGAUGCAUAGCAGUCAGGACCACACUAUCAGAUGAGGCGUUAGAAUCUGCAGACCCAACACUUAUCCGUGAUGAUAUAGGAAGUGUUUCACUUGAUGAUAUUCUUAGUGGUGGCUCUAUUGGCCAUAAUAAGAGGAUGCAGGGGCCACAGUCUUUUGAUGAUUCCACUCAAACUUCAACCGCAAUGCUUGCUGGAAAUUCAUAUGACGGACUUAGCAAGACUACAAGUGGUGCCGAUGGGGAGAUUUUUCCUAGGAAAUGGUUGCAGGGUUCUCGACGAGAUGUAAUGAGAUUUGGAAGCCUGGGUAUUGCUAUAUCUUGCCUCGUCUUCGCUGUAAAUAACUGGAAGGCAAUGCAGUAUGCUUCCCCUAAAGCUAUUUGGAAUCUGUUGUUUGGUGUAAGCCAACCUUCUUUGGAGCAAAAUGAAGGCAGAUCAAGAUCUGAUAGGAUCCAGCAAUUUAUGAACUACAUAGCCGAUCUGGAAGCCAGGGGAAAUGCUCAGAUUGUUCCAGAAUUUCCGCCUAAACUUGAUUGGCUGAAUACAUCCCCCCUUCAGUUUGGCAGGGAUCUGAGAGGAAAAGUGGUUCUGCUGGAUUUCUGGACUUACUGUUGUAUCAAUUGUAUGCAUGUGUUACCAGAUCUGGAUUAUCUGGAAAAGAAAUACAAAAAUAUGCCGUUUGUCGUUGUGGGUGUCCAUUCUGCAAAGUUUGAUAACGAGAAAGAUUCUGAAGCCAUUCGCAAUGCAGUGCUCCGCUAUGACAUCACUCAUCCAGUUGUCAAUGAUGGAGAUAUGUAUCUUUGGCGGAAGCUAGGCAUAAAUUCGUGGCCAACAUUUGCUAUCAUUGGGCCUAAUGGUAAUCUCCUUGCACAAAUUUCAGGAGAAGGUCGCAAGAAGGAUCUUGAUGAUUUCGUGGAGGCAGCUCUUCUGUUUUAUGGAAAACAGAAUAUGUUGGACAAUAAACCACUUACACUGAGUUUUGAGAAAGACAACGAUCCUCGCCUGGCAACAUCUCCGUUGAAGUUUCCAGGAAAGCUAGCGAUUGAUGUCCUUAACGACAGACUUUUUAUUUCAGACAGCAACCAUAACCGCAUAGUGGUAACCGACCUAGAUGGGAAUUUUGUUGUACAAGUUGGGAGCAGUGGAGAGGAAGGCUUCCAGGAUGGUUCAUUUGAUGGUGCUACUUUUAACCGCCCUCAGGGUCUUGCUUAUAAUGCAAAGCAAAAUAUCCUUUAUGUUGCAGACACUGAAAACCAUGCUUUAAGAGAGAUUGAUUUUGUUAAUGAGAAAGUACGAACGCUUGCUGGAAAUGGGACCAAAGGUUCUGACUAUUCUGGUGGAGGGAAAGGAGCUGCUCAGCUCCUCAAUUCCCCUUGGGAUUUAUGCUUUCAUCCUGUGGAAGAAAAAAUUUAUAUUGCCAUGGCUGGCCAGCAUCAGAUAUGGGAGCACAAUUUAUUAGAUGGAAUUACAAAAGCGUUUAGUGGUGAUGGUUAUGAGAGGAAUUUAAAUGGAUCAAGCUCCUCAAGCACCUCAUUUGCUCAACCUUCUGGAAUAUCAUUGUCUCAAGAUCAAAUGGAAGUGUAUAUUGCUGACAGUGAGAGUAGUUCGAUCCGAGCCGUUGAUCUGAAGACUGGAGGGUCGAGGUUGCUUGCUGGUGGUGACCCAAUCUUCCCAGAUAAUUUGUUUAAGUUUGGUGAUCACGAUGGAGUAGGUUCUGAAGUACUUCUUCAACAUCCACUGGCAGUUUUGUGUGCAAAAGAUGGCCAAAUUUACAUCACAGACAGCUACAAUCAUAAGAUCAAAAAGUUAGAUCCAGCUACUAAAAGAGUUAGCACAAUUGUAGGAACAGGGAAAGCUGGAUUUAGGGAUGGAAAAGCUGUAGUAGCUCAGCUCUCCGAACCCUCUGGAAUUGUUGAAGGGAAUAAUGGGAGACUAUUCAUAGCCGAUACAAACAACAGCUUAAUCCGAUAUCUCGAUUUAAACAACGGAAGUUUGGAACUCCAUACUUUAGAGCUUAAAGGUUUUCAACCUCCUUCACCUAAAUCCAGGGCCUUUAAACGUCUAAGGAGACGAUCAUCGGCAGACACGGUGACCAUCACCACCAAUGGCGUUUCAUCAAAUGAAGGGCGCUUAUCUAUUCAUGUAUCAUUGCCAAAUGAGUACCAUUUCUCAAAGGAAGCACGUAGUAGAUUUAGCGUUGAUAUUGAACCUGAAGAUGCCGUCAAUGUUGAACCCCGGGAUGGAUUCCUUGAUGAGGGAUCUGCAACUCUUCAUUUUCAGAGAUCAUCUACUUCGUCGUCAAUGGGAAGAAUUAAUUGCAAGAUUUACUAUUGCAAGGAAGACGAGGUUUGUUUGUAUCAAUCCUUACAGUUCGAGGUGCCUUUCCGAGAGGCAGAACCUAACUCUGCCCCAGCAGAUGUCACACUUUCGCAUUUGGUCAAACCCAAAGCUUCAGCUAGUACCUUUCCACAGCCCGUUGCCCCUUGACUCUUUAACCACGUUUUGCGGCUGAAAGUUGACACCGAAUUGGUUACUUCACGGAAAAUGGGCGGAGGGAAGUUGAUUGGUAGAAUUAUUGGCGUACGGCGGAUAGAAAGAUGAACAAAUAUUUUCCUCACUGGGAUAAACUUGAGGAUUUGCAAGUCUUAGAACUCAACGAGUUUUUUUCAAUAAUAAUAAUAAUAAUAACAAUAACCGAGCAAAUCCAUUAUUAUUAUUAUUAUUAUUAUUAUUAUUAUAAUAUAAAAACAGAGCAAUUCUAUGAGAAGAUAGGAUAUGAUUUGUUGCUUCUUUUUUUUCACCUUCCCAUCAUCUCCGCCCCUUUAGCAGCUAUGAACGUGAGACCUAAAUGGUUAAAGCUCCUUUUACUUUUA